AUGUUAGCGUUCAAAAGGGGAAUACAUGCAUGCUCAACAAAAGGUAAAGAGGCUGCAAGUAAAGCAACAUCUAAUGCUUUCAAGGAGUUAAAAGGGGUACAGACAAUUUAUAAUCCUAGAACGUCUGCCUCUAAUUACAAAGGUUAUUUAAAGAACAAGACUCCGGCUGGUAUGUAUUACAACCCAGCACAAUCGGCUACAACGGGUUCCAUUAACAGUGAAACGAUACCAUUGUCAUUUUUGGCUAAGGAUGAUCCUCGUAGAUCAUUCAUUAAACAACUAAGGACACAGGAUGCAGUAGAAAGUAAAUAUGGUCCACCUGUGUUGGUUGGGAAGAGUACUGUUGAAGGUAAGAGUUAUCAUUUACAACCGGAGCAAAUUGCCGAAAUUAUAAAAUUGAGAAGUUCCGACCCUGUGACAAACACAAGAAAGAAAUUGGCUAAACAAUUCGAUGUUUCACCACUGUUUAUAUCAUUAGUAUCUAGUGCACCAAAAUCAAGAAUCACAGAGAUGAACAAAAGACUAAAUACUAUCAAAUCCAGCUGGCAUAAACAACGUGAAAUUGCAAGAGAUGAUAGGAAAAAACGUAAGCAAUUGUGGUAUAGAGCUUAA